CACCGCCACCACCGCCGCCGCCGCCAACGCCGCCGCCGCUCUUUCGUACUUCACAGAGUUCAGUUCGAGUCGCGAAGCCGAGCUAUUUGGAUUAUCGACGCGCAAGCCGCUCUUCUUCGAUUACAACCAACCAUGAGCACCAAGGAAAAUAACGAGGUCGCUGUGGAGAAGGUGACGGAGAACGAUAAGGCAUCCGCGGACGCAAAAUGCGAUAUCAAGGGGAUUAAAAGGCCAGCCGAGGAGAAGAGCGAAGAAACGAAGAAACAGAAAAAGGAGGAGAAUGGCGACGGAGAGGUAGAAGAGGAAGAGAUUGAGGAAGAGAUCGAAGAGGAAGAGGAAGUGGACGGUGAUGGAGAGGAAGACGACGACGAUGACGACAUACCAGAGGGUGAAGAGGAUUUAGAAGAAGGAGAAGACGAAGAAGAUGACGAAGCGGAAGGUGAGGUAGAAGGUGAGGUGGAAGAUGAUGAGGACGACGCAUAAUGAAAAAAGGGAAAACAUUAUGCAAUUAAGAAGGGAGGCGUUAGGCACGUGACAUCAUGGUCGAUUUUCGGCAAACUCAGCAAACUUACUCUCAUAUUGAGUGGUUGGUAACAAUGUUGAUAUCCAUCGUGCCCAAUCCGUGUUAUUGGAUCCCUCUCUAUCUUCCGACCUACAAGUAAAAAUUACCACCUCACCAGAAUUGUGUCGGGCUGACGCAUUCUACUUGUCCUCGGCUCCUCGCAAUUCUGGUCGUCUAGCCGUCACCAAAUGCUAUUAGGUAGUUUGAAUGAUAACUGUAUAUUCGUCCUGCGGAUUCGAUGAGUUGAUCUUACUUGCUCUAUCUAGAUUCUUAUUUCGAUCGAUCGAUCGAUCGAUCGAUCGUUUCCAAUCGUUCGCGUGCACGAUUCCCAAGACGAAUCUAUCAUUUUAUUAUCCGAACCACCUACUCACUGGUAUUUGCCGUCAUUUGGCUUUCUUCGUCGGGACAAUUUUUUAACGAAAACUUAUUUAAGAUAAAAAACUAUUAUAUUUAAAUAGUGUAAAAUGGAAGGUAAUUUGAAGGCGAUGAUUUUUUUACAUUUAAAAUCAAAUUUAUGUUUGUAGUUCGACGAAAUGUCUCUCACCUUGUGCGUGUGAUAUAUAUUGAGUUCUUCUUCUGAAAUCGAAAUGUGUAAUUGCAGUGUCUUCACAGGAGCGCGAGGCUUAUUAAGCAGAAUUAAGGGAUUCAUACGUAACACGACAAAUGAAUAAAGUAAAUAGACAUGAAUGGACAUCUCUCGGCAUUCAAUGUGUACUAAAAUGUGGAAAUCUUAAAAAAAAAGAAAAAUAGACGUAAAACGCUGCUUCGUGCUCCUGUUUGAUAAAAAGACAAGAAUUAAGAUAAAAUGCAACGCUCGCGUCAAGUAGUAUGGAUGAAUAAUAUGUGACUUUAAUAUUGCAUAAUAAUUAUACAUAGUAUGUAUAAAGUUAUGGGAUAAGAAACAUUUUAUUAUUAACGAUAAUAUUAUGUAAACGCGUAAUAUAAUGCGGAGAGGUUGUUACACUUUAGGCUUGGGCAUAGAUAAGGGAGAGCAUCGAACAGUCAACUUGUAAAGUGUAAGGGCCCCAUCACCCUUCUCUAUUCAUUUCAACCAACUAUAUCAUUUUGUAGAAGAUAAGAGUUCAAUUAUACACAUAGAUAAAUCUAUAUAUAAAUAUAUAUAUUUAUAACUUUUCAGAACUGCCGUACAUGACGCAAAAUUAUAAAAGGAAAAAAAAUCCGAACAACAUAUUGCGACAAUUAUGUAAUAAGUACUCUCCCUAUAUUUUUCGAAUGUUCUCAUUUUGAGUGUAAUUCGAGCGUUUCAGUUACUUUUAUCUAUUACGAUUUUAUCUUUAGUGUGGACUAUUUUCGUGAGCAAUGAUUCUUGGACUAUUGUAGAAGGAGUAUAUUUAUUAGCGGUAUUUAUUCAUUUUUACACUCUCCCUACAUGUAUACAAUCCAUCUUUCGAUAUCUUAAUGAUGACGUGCACCCCAUAUCUUUUGGUGUUUAAACAUUUUUAUUAACUUAUAUUAUGACAUUAAUUUGUUGGUUAAACAACUGAAACGGAAAAUAGAUCGCUCUUUGUACAAGAGUCGGUGAAUCAUUGCGAUUGGCAUGUCCAUGCCACUACUUAUUUUCGGGAGACUGUUAGAUAAAAGGGUGAAGAGACAUUGCGGUUAUACCAUUGUACCAUAGCAGCAUAAUAAUUAAAUAAAGGUAACGAUAAUUUGAAUGCGAGAAGAUGUCCCACGUUUUAAUGUACAAAUAUUUUCGAAUGAGAUAGUUAAAUAAAACGCAGUUAGAUCAGAGAAAAUGAAUUCGUUUUCGUAAGUAGUGAUGAGUUUAAUAUCUGAAAAAAAAAAAAAAACUAUGAGGAGACGAGCGGCGCAAAAGCUACUCUAAAAACCACACGGACUAAAAAUCCCGCUGUACGGAAACCAGGAUAUGGAGGAGUUGGACCGUGUUUAUACUUAAUUUAAAAAAAGAAAGAAACGUCUUUUACCAUCGGACGAUUCGAUGGUGCAUAAGAAAAAGGAAAUCCGAAUACUCCUUGUUGUAUGUCAGAGGUCGGCAAGAAAUGCACUUCUCGGCCGAUUUCAGCAAGCGCCGUCUCCCACCCGUCUCCCACUACUCCUCUUGCCCCGCGUGCCGCGCGCGCUGCCUACGAAUCGUGCAGUUCGUAGGCCGCGUCAGCGGCACGCGGGGCAAGAGGAAUAGUGGGAGGCGGCGCUUGCUGAAAUCGGCCGAGAAGUGCAUUUCUUGCCGACCUCUGUUGUAUGUAACGCGUCCAACAAAGCUGAUCGAUGUCGAUGUGUGGUACAGAUACCAUCUCCGGCAGUCUCUGUUAAUCUACGGUUUUAUACGCAAUCUGCUGCUGUAUUUACACGUGUUUGCUUCAAGAUAGUAACUUGACGAUGGCGAAUUGGCAAAGGACUAUCUUAAAGUACAGAUGCCUGAGCAAAUCAGUACUUUAGCAUUCAUAGUAUACUAUACUAUACAUACAUUAUAAGCAUAGUUCCAUUUAAUUUUAUUAAAUACAACGUCAAGCCCCGUUGGCAACACACGCAAAAAAAAAGAAGAAAAGGAAAGAAAGACUUGCGUUUUGUACUGUGUCAAGCCCGACAGAGUACGUUACUCUUCUUCGCGCUCGAGUACUCGACGCGAUUCGCAAAAUUCACUUACUCUGAUGCUAACGGGUCUUACAAUCAAUCAGGCUGAUCGCCCAUACACAUACCGUUACACCCCUACGUUUGUUAGGUAAGCAUGAAAAGAAAAGUUUUAAAACAUCAAAUCCGGUAAAUAAUAUGUGUGUGUCCACACGUUUUUGACGUAAACGAAAAAUCCUAGGCUAAGAAUUUGGUUUGUGUGUUCAUAAGUCUUGUUCAAGCUACUUUUGUACAGGAUAAUACCAUUUGCAUCAUCUCUCAACGUAUAAACAAGUAACCGACACAACAAAUAUAUUUCUGCCCAUUCCAUCAGAAUUGAAACUUUCAUUGUAUUUUUAAGUAAAUACAUUUUGGAAAACAACAA